AUGAGUGCAACCUUACAACCCUACCUCGAGGCGGUUCGACAUACCCUUCAAGCCGCGUUGUGCCUCGAACAGUUUAGCUCUCAGGUUGUAGAGAGGCAUAUGAAACCGGAGGUUGAAGUGCGUACUUCCAAAGAACUUCUGAUGACGCCUGUUGUUGUCGCGCGAAACAAGCAAGAACGAGUUCUCAUAGAACCUUCCAUAAAUUCUGUGAGAGUAUCUAUUUCAAUAAAACAAUCGGACGAAAUCGAGCGUAUUCUUUGUCAUAAGUUUACUCGAUUCAUGUGUCAACGAGCAGACAACUUCUUUGUUCUGCGGCGAAAACCCAUACCUGGAUAUGACAUCUCAUUUUUGAUCACAGCAUCACAUACAGAAACUAUGUACAAGCACAAGCUAGUGGAUUUCUUACUCCAUUUCAUGCAGGAAAUCGAUAAGGAAAUUAGCGACAUGAAAUUGGCGCUGAAUGCUAGGGCUCGUGUGUCUGCCGAGGAAUUUCUCAAGCGUUUCAAUUAG